AUUCUAGCUUGUGGUUUUCUUUUUGACUGUGUGAAUAUCUACUGCAUGUUUUGUAUCAGAGCUGCAGUUUAUUCUACAGCACACUGAAGAGCGAGAAACUUUUUGGAAAAGAAUUCUAGUUCCCCGGAUUCUUCUCGAUUUCACAGGUGACAGAUUUACUGAUGCAGCUUUGUAGUUUAAUGUUAUCUGAAAUAUUACUGUCUGCAGCUGCCAAUAUAAGUUGUCAAGUUGGAUCUGGAGUUGAGAAACAGGGAUGAAAUGUAGAAGCCUCCUUCUGUUACUUGACAUAUUUAAAGGAUUAUUAGAUUAUUUUUAAAAUGUGUUUUGGCAUCCUUCAAAUCCCACUGUCUGUAUGGCCAAGUUUUUUGUGGUUUUCACUGUAUCUCCAGGCAUUCACUCGAACAUAACUGGUAACAUCAUGCUGUCAUAAUCCUUUUCUCAAAAGAGCUUUCUGUGCUCUAUUGAGCUCUAUUGAAUAUCGAAUCGCCCAAGUUAUGUAUCAGCAGCUCCAUGACUGAGCAAAGAAUUAACAUCUCAUUCAUACACAUGCGCUUUCUCUAAUCCCAGCACUGUGACUCUCACAUGAUGCAGGAAUGAUCAAGAUCUCAGCUAUGCUAUUUUACACUGCUGCUCUCUCACAAGCACUCUCUUCAUCUCUGUGGAGUUUUUCUCCUUCACACUUCUUUAAUAUUGACCAGCAUGCAAGUCAGCACAGAGGGUCCCAUAUCAGCAAGAUGAGCUCCUUUUGGGUUUUGAGGAAGAUUCCUUUUUUCUGGAAGCGAACAUCAAAAAUACAAGAUGACGUGACCAGACCACUCAUAUCAAAGGUAACCACUAGGAAUGGCAUUCAAUACCUGUCUGCAGAUAUCAGCACAGAGAUCCAAACUGAUUCAAACCCUGACGAGGAAACCAAACUGUCAUCCUGGACCUCUCUUUGUUUACGGACCCACAAUUCCUCUGAUCUGACUGACUUUCUGCUGAAAUAUGUGCUCUUCAUUAGCAACCUACUCUUCUCUAUGCUGGGCCUGGCCACCUUAGGACUUAGUUUCUGGGGUCUCGUGAACAAGGAGUCUUUUGCUCAGGAGAAGCUUGAUGGCCUUGGGACUGAUCCCAUGCUGCUUUUCAUUCUUCUGGGUUUGCUGCUUUCAGUGCUCUGUCUGACAGGCUGUGUGGGAGCAGUGAGGGAGAAUCAAUGCUUGCUGCGUACCUUCUCUGCAAUGCUGCUUGUUCUUGUAGCCACUCAGGUCCUGGUGGCCAUCAUGGCCUACAGCCUGCAGGGCUGGAUUACUGAGCUGCUGCGCUCAGCCAUGCUGACAGCCAUGACACGUUACCAGGAUGACCUUGACCUGAGGUUUAUUACAGAUGAGAUCCAGAUCGGUCUGCAGUGCUGUGGGGUGGAUAACUAUCGAGACUGGGAAGUGAAUCAGUAUUUUAAUUGCUCAUCUCCAAGUAUGCAGGCAUGCGGAGUACCUCCGUCAUGCUGCAUGGAUCCACUGGAGAACAGUACAGUGUGGAACUCACAGUGUGGCCUUGGGGCACAGCAGCUGGAUGAGUUUUCUGCUCAGAAUGUGAUUUUCCUGGGCGGCUGCAUUGGCAGUGUUUCACACUGGAUCAACCUGCAUUCUGAGCUUAUUGGUAUGGUAUCAGCUGCCCUGCUAGGAGUCCAGAUCCUCACACUGAUCACUACUACAUGCUUGCUCAACAGGAUCCAAUGGAACAAAACACAAGCAGAAAAGUGUGAAGAAAAACAUGAUUUUAAUGAUGAAUAAAGAAACGUCACUGUCAUUGAGAAAUAAGGUACAAAAUACUAGCAGGUUAGCUGUAUCACUAUGCUGUAUAUUAACUCCUAUUUAUCAUAUUCUGGAUAUGGUUUAUCAUUUCUCCCCAUCAUGUUUCCUGUCCUAUUUUAUUCAUUUUCACUUGUGGUUCAAUCAGCAAGGACAAAUCUUUCAUUCCAAAAACCUGCAGCAAUUGAAUUGGUUAGUAGUACAGCCCUCUUUUUUUUUUUUUUUUAGCUUCAUCCAUUUAAUGUUACAGAAAGAAAGGUACAUGUAUAGGCUUCCAUGAAAAAUAUAAAAUAAGCUUUAUUUAGUGCUCAAGUCAUCCCCAUGCUGCUAAUGAUUGUGGGUCUUGCUUGUCCUCAAGUGCAGAAGCAUCAUAAGGCCAGUAAACACAACAACCACAGCACUAAAGUGAUUUUAGAUAAAACACAUACGACUGCUUGAAGACAUGAAAAUUUCAAAACAUUUACUUUGCAGAAAGGAUUUCUGCUUAAUCAAAUUCAAUCAGGACUGUAACAUUUAAAAAAAAAAAAAAAAGACAGUUUCCCCUACUGAGAGAACUGCUCCUUUAAACAAGAGUGGCACAUGGGACUCACAUUAUGAUAAUAAUGGUCAAAUACAAAGAAAUACUGUAAUUAAAAUAUGUAAGCAUAAUUUAUUUCCAUCACAAAUAUUUUGUUGCAUUCAGAAUCUCAAGAACUACUCAAAGAAAACUUGAACGUAAGCAGAAAUACUGUAGUUUGGUGUAUUGUCCAAUGAAAGUGUACCAAAAAAAAGCUGAAUUUUUUUUUGUACUGAAAUGAAGCCUAGGUAAAGUAAAAUUACAAUAAUGUAUAUGUGUAAUGCUUACUCACUUUUGAUAUUGAAAUUAUACUGUAUGUGGGAGACACUUUUUUGUUUUUUUUUAAUUACCCUUACCCUGUACACACACAACGUUUAACAUUUAUGAACUUACCAAGAUAACACUUGCAGAAUAAAUCCACUAGAGUUAAAGUUUAGAAUCAGUCAGUGCAAUAAACAUACUCUGAAUAAAUAUUUAAAGACAGUGCUUACUUGAGCACUCUCUAAAGCAAUUCCUCAGGCGUUCUUUGGAAAAUGAAGCAUCCUUGGCUUGUUCUACAUGGAACCUUGUUUGAUAGGCAAACACUGUGUUGUAUAAUUCUGCAAAGUAGCUGAAACAGUUUUCCUAGAUGGAUACAUUUUUAAAGUUCUCGAUUUAUUUUAGUGUGUGCACAUGGACUACAUGGCUAUUCACCCUGACUACUUUCACCAUGAUAUAUCUUUCUAGUAUAUCACGAAUAUAUAGUACAGGCAAGUAUUCUUUUCUCAGAUGAUGCCAUACUGAGAUAAUUCAUGCAGCUCCAGAUGACUGAAUGCUUCCCAGGGACAAAUCACAGUGAUAUCUGAAAACGAGAACAACAUCUGUAUGAGACUUUCAGGUCUGUUAUCCUCUUUACAGAGUUAAAAAUUAGGCUUUUAUGUAAUGCCUACCAGUCCCCAAACCUUCCAUUCCAGGAAUUUCAUCACCAAAUCUAUAAAUAAGUGUACAGAGAGAGAGAGAGAACACAAUGCAUUUUCAGUGACUUU